UUUACAACUUACUCUGCAAGGGAAAGAGGUAGUUUUCCGGGCACAGGAGAUGUCUGUAAAUAAGAUGCAAGUCAAACUGUUGGAAAGUGAAAGCCAAAUCACCCAGAAAAUAACAGUGAUCUCUGAGCUACAUGAAGAAGUUCAGAAUUUGCAGACUGCUUUGCAAGAAAAAGAUAGGUUACUGUUAAAUAAAGAUAAAGAGUUUUCUCUGGUUAAAAAGACGUUAAUGGCACAAUCAGAAUCAUGUGAAGCAAGACUGAAAUUAGAAGUGAAUGAAAUUGAUACAUUUCAAGGAGAGUUCAAAAGCUUACAAGAAAACAAUAACCAUCUCAUCAACAUCAUUAAUGAAAAGGAUUAUUUAUUGAUGCAGGAGAAAGAAAAGUGUCUGCACUUGCAAGGUAGUGCAUCAGAACUUGAAAACACAGUUUCACAAUUAACCUGUCAAAUAGAGCGAUUAACCUCAGAGAUCACACAACUCCAGGAAACACAAACUGAGAAGGAACAAGUCAUGCUUGCUGCUCGGUCACAAGUGCAGAAACUGGAUGAACUAUACAAGAAACUUCAAGAGGAUUACGAUUUGACCAAACAAGAGUUGCUUAAAGUUAUCAAUGAAAAAUCAUUAAAGGAAGAAGAGAUCUGUAAAUUGGUCCUGGAAAAAGAAGAGAUCUGCAGAAAUUCCAGUUAUCAGAUUCAGAGAAUUCAGGACCAGCUACAACAUCACAAGUGGCAAUCCAGCAAAGUGGUAGAAAAAAAGACAAUGGAAUUCAUGGCUUUACAGGGUAAAGAUAUGUCUCCAGAACACUGGGUCCAGUUGCAUAGCCAUCUGCAGGACUGCCAGCGAGAGAUUCAGCAACGGGAUUUUAGCCUCCAACAAAUAAACAUCAAGUUGCAACAGGCAAUUGAGGAAAAGGAAGGGGUGUCCUCCCAGUUAAGCACUGUUUCCAAGAUGCUCAGAGACACACAGCAGACUGUUAGUGAGCUCCAGAAUCAUUGCUAUUGGCAGGAGAGCCAAUUUCAAAACCAGUAUUCACACACACAGGGUUCAGUCUAUGCAGAAGUUCCACCAGGAGCCCCUCAGGAACCAAUCAGUGCCGAUUUGAACCCAAGUGGAUCAGACAGUGGAGAUCUCAGGAUGAGGCUGGCUGAGGCAGAGUUUCAUCUGUCUCAGUUAAACUCCAGAUUAGAGGAGGAAAGAUCAAGGAGAGAGGCUGCAGAAGAAGCCAUGCGGUUGACUGAACAGAAAGUUAAGAGCAUGGAGUCAAACCAAUUACGGCAUUCUCAAAGGGACUUUAGCGUUCAGCUAGAAAGAGACGAGGAACAGUGUGAAGAUCUUGUUCUUCGCCCAAGCCGGCACCUGUUCAUACACAAGAUGAAGCGUGGGGUUCACUUGUGCCAGCGUUGGCUCAAAGGAAGGAGCGUAUACUGCUGUUCCAAACUACUGCCAUCCAGGGGGAAGUCUCGCUACAUAUUCAUGGGAUACCUUCUUAUGCUUCAUCUGCUGGUUUUUGUGUGCCUCAGCUGGUCCCUUUAGAAAACAAUUGUCACCGAAAUAAAAUUUGCACCAAUAGAAGAUCUGCAAAAAAAAAAAAAAAAAUGGUGUGGGCAGAGAAAUGCUCAUAGUCCAGGCGCUUUGAUGCAUCACAUAGUCAGUGUAGGAGCUUCUCUUUAGCUGCUCACUCAAAUUUAGAACUUACUUUGUUUCCAUAUAGACUUCACCACCAGCAUUUAUGAUGCAGAGACCUCAUGCGUAUUGGAACGUGUACAGAUGACCAUUAGAGUUUGGGUUAUCUUAUGUAAUUACUAUGCACUGAAAUCUUAAAUUUAGUUAAGCAAUUGGUUUUUAUUUUUUUAUUAUUAUUUUUUUUACAUUCUACCAUCAAAUAAACCGAAGAUGAAUGUCUUGUUUUGUCUGCACUGGAAAUGAACCUGAGAUCAAAACAUAAUUUUAUUGUUGUAUGUUUACAGAGAGAUUAUUGAGUUAAUGUGCAAACUUUUAGAAGUUGUUACACUGUAAGCUAGUAAACUAAAACCGUUAGAAGCUUUACUAUGUAUCUGAUUACAAUUUAGAAACACUGGAAUUAAAAUUGUGGUUUUGGAAUUUAAACUAAAUUAUGGUUACUUUGAAGGUUGAUUGUUUCUGUGGAAUUUAUUUAUAGCAUGAACCUUUCAGAUGUUUGCUUGCAGAGCCAUACAUUUAUAUUAUUGUAUAAAGUACUACCUGUUUUGCAACACUAAAUAUGUGGAGUAGAGUAUGAUAUGAGAAAAAGAGUGAAUCUUUGUUGAAUUAAACUACUGAGACCUUC